UCCAAAAUCUUCAUCCUCAAUAUCCUAGACUUCCAGUAUAUUCCUAUACACGCACAUUGAGAUGUUCAAGGAACCAUCAGCUUCCAUUCUACUGGCAUUGCUAAUUGCUUUAGCACAUCAAGCAGCAAUCUGCGCUGCGGUUGACCCUGUAGCAGCAACCGGAGAAGAACCAAUCCUUGACUUAUAUAUGCAUGACAUUCUCGGUGGCAGCAACCCAACAGCAAGGCCAAUAACCGGCUUGCUGGGUAACAUAUACAGUGGCCAAGUGCCCUUCGCAAGGCCAAUAGGGUUUGUCCCGCCAAACGGUGUAGCCAUCCCAAAUGCCAAUGGCGUCAUUCCGACUGUAAAUGGCAUAAACGGUAUCCCACUAGGAACUGGUUUAGCUGGCACUACUUUUGCAGGACAACCAAAUGGUCAGAACCUCAAUGGCAAUCCUCAAACCCAAUUAGGACCUGAUGGGUUAGGACUUGGCUUUGGAACGAUAACUGUUAUAGAUGAUAUACUAACCUCUAGUCCGGAACUGGGAUCACAGUCUGUAGGCAAAGCUCAAGGUGUAUAUGUGGCAAGUUCAGCAGACGGGAGCACUCAGAUGAUGGCAUUUACAGCUAUGUUUGAAGGAGGUGAGUACGGUGAUAGCAUCAACUUUUAUGGCACGUACAAGAUCGGAAGCACCAUGUCACGUCUGUCAGUUACCGGUGGCACUGGUAAAUUCAAGAAUGCUAGGGGUUUUGCAGAGGUCCGAUCGCUUAUACCUUCUGGUCAACAUUUCAUAGAUGGUGCUGAGACAUUGCUAAGGUUCACAGUCCAUCUAAGCUACUAAGAAUUUGUGAAAUUUGAAGAACAUGUUCGAGUUGUUUGUCUUAAAGUGUUUGUGAGCAAGGCGUCAUGAUUUUCUGUCAAAAUUUAUCAAGUCAAAGACAUUUUAUGUAUUUCCAUCAA